AACUAGUACUACUUCAUAUAACCUAUAGUAUUAAAUUAUUCUUGCGUACGUGCAUUUUUGUAUUAAAAAGUUUGGUUUGGUCCAUUUUUGCAGGCCCUCCCCUUGUGAAAUUCAACUCCAUUUUCCCAUGUUUAUUCUUUGCACAGAGAUAUUGUUUCUGAACUACCAAAACCCCUUUUCUUAAACUUAUUAGUAAAAUACCCUUUUCUUUCUUGUUUUGCACAAAUUUCUAUAACAACAACAAUUCAUCUGUCGCACAACAGCAAAAUAAAAUAAAAUAUAACAAAUAGUACUGGAAGAAAUCAAGAUUCAAGAUUGAGUUAUGUCAGAAGAGGAAUCUGAUAUUCUUCUUCCUGUUGCAUUAUUCCAUUUGUGGCUUCUAAUUACUACUGUUUGUGGAGAUACCCUGGAGAAUGACAAGCAAGUGUUACUGAGUUACAAGGAUUUUCUUGAACUGCAAAAUCCGGUUAAUAAAGGAUACAGACAUACAAAAUGGAAUGCUUCUGAUUCCUCUCCAUGUAGUUGGAGUGGAGUUUCUUGUGAUGUUGAUCGUGUUACUCGAAUCGAUCUCUCUGGUGAUAGUUUAGCUGGGAAUAUGUUUAACAACUUCUCAGCUAUGACAGAGUUGACAUAUAUUGACCUGUCUAUGAAUACAAUUGGAGGGUCUAUUCCUGCAGACUUAGGCCAAUGUAAAAACCUGAGGUUCUUGAAUUUGUCUCACAAUAUUAUUGAUGGUGAGCUUAAUUUGACUGGUUUGAACAAUUUGCAAGUUCUUGAUUUGACCAUGAACAGGAUUCAUGGUGAGAUCAGUUUAACUUUCCCUGGAAUUUGUGAUAGUUUGGUGGUUGCUAACAUUUCGAAUAACAAUUUUACUGGUGAGAUUGGAACUACUUUUGAUCAGUGCUGGAAUCUUAGGUAUCUUGAUCUGAGCUACAAUAACUUGACUGGAGGAUUGUCAUUUGGUUUUGAUAAGCUUAAGGAGUUUUCGGUGUCUAAAAACAAGUGUAAUGGCUCUCUGGCUUCGUCGUUUUUCACUCCAAACUGCACCUUGCAGGUGUUGGAUUUAUCAGAAAAUGGAUUUGUUGGAGGAGUGCCUAAAGAGAUAUCGAAUUGUAAGACGUUGGAGGACUUGAAUUUGUCUGGAAAUAACUUUUCAGGGCCAAUUCCUGAGGAAAUUGGAUCAGUUACGAGUCUUGAAGCACUUUACUUGGGAAGCAACAAUUUUUCAAGGGAUAUUCCAGAGAGUCUAUUAAGUUUAAGUAACUUAGUGUUUCUUGAUCUUAGUAGGAACAACUUCAGAGGAGAAAUACAAGAAAUUUUCAGGCAAUUUACACAGGUAAAGUUUCUUCUGUUGCAUGGUAAUUCUUAUACUGGAGGUAUAGUUACCUCUGGAAUUCCCAAUUUAGUGAACCUUUCUCGAUUGGACUUGAGCGAUAACCAAUUCUCCGGUCCAUUGCCAGUUGAACUUUCUAAGAUGAAAGGGUUGAAGUUUCUGAUUCUUGCAUACAACCACUUUAAUGGAAGUAUACCAUCAGUAUACGGAGACAUUCCGACACUUCAGGCCCUUGAUCUUUCAUCUAAUAAGUUAACUGGCUCAAUACCACCAAGUUUAGGUAAGCUAAGCUCACUUUUGUGGUUGAUGCUUGCUAACAAUUCACUCACCGGUGGAAUCCCACCCGAGUUGGGAAAUUGCAGUAGCUUAUUGUGGUUGAAUCUUGCUAACAAUCAACUUUCUGGUUCAAUUCCACCUCAGUUAGCAAGAAUUGGCUCGAAUCCUAUGCCUACUUUCUUGUCGAAUAGGGCUAAGGAUAAGGUGACUGCUGGCUCGGGGGAAUGCUUUGCUAUGAAGAGAUGGAUACCAGCUGAUUAUCCUCCAUUUAGCUUUGUAUAUCCUCUCCUUACCAGGAAGAAUUGUAGAAGCCUAUGGGAUAAGUUGCUCAAAGGGUAUGGUUUAUUUCCAGUGUGUGAACCGGGUAGUAAUGUUCGUUCAAAUCAGAUAUCAGGCUAUCUUCAACUUAGUAUGAACAAAUUUUCUGGUGGGAUCCCCCCUGAAAUUGGCAGCAUGCAGAAUUUCAGUAUGCUUCAUUUGGGUGUAAAUGAAUUCGGUGGCACGUUCCCUUCAGAGAUUGGAAAAAUGCAGCUAGUAGUCCUUAAUGUUUCGCAAAACAGAAUAUCUGGUGAGAUUCCAAGCCAGAUUGGCAACAUUAAGUGCUUAUUGAAUCUUGAUCUGUCCAGCAACAAUUUCUCUGGUCUGUUCCCAGCUAGUUUUAGUAACUUGACUGAUCUAAGCAAGUUCAAUAUCUCUUACAACGCGUACAUCUAUGGUACUAUACCAGAAAAUGGGCAGUUAGCCACAUUUGAGAAGUCAUCAUAUCUUGGCUUACCAUUGCUGCACCUUCCACCUUUCAUUGAUAACACUACGAAUAAUGCUAUAAACAAGGGUGGAAGUUUCAAAAGGCCAACAAAGGUUGGUACAGUUUUGGUAUUCAUGGCUUUGCUACUAGCUUUCCUAGUUUGUGGACUUAUGUCACUUGUUGUCUGCCUCGUUCUAAAAUCUCCGAUAGAUACACCAGGAUACCUACUGGAGGACUCAAAGGGCCGACAUGAUCUUGCAUCGAGUUCAGGUGCAUCCUCCCCGUGGUUGUCUAAUGAUGUUAAGGUUAUCCGUUUGGACAGAACAAGCUUCACACAUUCUGACAUAUUGAAGGCCACAGGCAGAUUCUCGAAUGACAGAAUUAUAGGGAAGGGAGGAUUUGGGACAGUGUAUCGCGGAGUCUUGCCUGAUGGAAGGCAAGUGGCAGUGAAAAAGCUACAAAGAGAGGGAAUUGAAGGGGAAAGAGAGUUUAGAGCUGAAAUGGAAGUACUAAGUGGAAAUGACUUUGGUUGGCAUCCGAAUCUUGUAACACUUUACGGUUGGUGCCUUAAUGGAUCAGAGAAAUUGUUAGUCUAUGAAUACAUGGGAGGUGGAAGCUUAGAUGAGAUCAUCACAGAUAGAUCCAGAUUCACAUGGAAGAAACGAAUCAACGUGGCAAUUGAUGUUGCACGUGCUUUGGUCUUCUUACACCACGAGUGCUACCCUUGUAUAGUCCACAGAGACGUCAAGGCUAGCAACGUGCUGCUAGACAAAGACGGAAGGGCAAGAGUCACAGAUUUUGGCCUAGCUAGGGUCAUGGAUGCUGGAGAUAGUCAUGUUAGCACAAUGGUUGCUGGUACAGUCGGGUACGUUGCACCAGAAUAUGGACAGACAUGGCAAGCCACAACAAAAGGCGAUGUCUACAGUUAUGGUGUGCUAGCAAUGGAGCUAGCCACAGGGAGACGCGCUGUAGAUGGAGGCGAGGAAUGUCUAGUUGAAUGGGCGAGACGUGUGAUGGGAGACGGAAGGCAAGGAUUCACCAGAGCCAUAAUACCAGUUUCUCUUUUGGUAUCAGGCCUAGCAGAAGGAGCAGAGGAAUUAUGUGAAUUGCUUAGAAUAGGAAUAAGGUGCAUUGCUGAUAUUCCUCAUGCUAGGCCUAACAUGAAGGAAGUAUUGGAUAUGUUAAUCGCGAUUUCGCGCAGCCAAAGAUCAGGAUCCAGUCGUAGCACUUCUCCUUCAUUUUGAUCAAUUUUUCUUUCAAAUUUACACAGCAAAGUGUCAAUAGUUUUUUUUGUUUUUUUUUACACAUUUGUAACAUACACACAUAUUACAUUCUUCUUGUAAACAGUUCUUUUUAGAUUCUUUGUUUUGGCA